AUGACGAGGGAUUUCAGGACGAGAGUCGGAGCCGAGUCUCGACUUGAGGUUGAUCGCCCAGUAAGAGUUGGUCCAGGAAAGCCGGUAAAACCUUCUGAGCCUCCUCCUUUGUAG